AUAUAUAUAUAUAUAUAUAUAUAUAUAUAUAUAUAUAUAUAUAUAUAUAUAUAUUAACGAAGAGUUAGUAAUGGUAGAUUGCCGGCGCUCACGUGGUGAUGGAAUUGAAUUUAAACGAGCAUUUUUGGAUUUAAAACAUAAAUUGCGUGAUGUUAUAUGUGAAUCAGGUAAUACAUGGUUACGAAGGAAGGGUUUAGUAGUAAUAUCUUGAUCAAGAACUCAUUUUUUUCAUUGCAUAAAAUAUUUCUGUUCAAGAGAUUGUAAGUUUAAGGGAAUUCGGAGCUCCAGUUAAUAUCGAUUUCACAUUGUGAUCAAUCACAAUUAGAUGUGUUAUAUAUAUGUGUGUGUGUGUGUAGUGUGUAUAUAUAUAUAUAUAUAUACGUAUGUAUUUGUGUAUGUGUUUGUGUGUAUGUGUGUGUGGUGUGUGUGUGAGUGUUUGUGUAUGUGCAUGUGUUGUGUGUGCAUGUGUGUAUAUGUGUUAUAUGCGUAUUUAUGUAUGUGUGUGUGUCUGUAUGUCUGCAUGUGUGUGUUUGCUUGUGUGUGUUUUAGAAGGCAUUUCUUAAGUGUUCGGUGGUUGAUAUUAUACAUAAAGUUAUUUUGUUUGUUAUAUUUUAGAUUAUUGUAUUG